UAUAAUUUUCAGAAGGAAAAAGAAAAGAUAGAAUAGGCAAUGCGUGAUGCAGCGUAGACUCCUUCCUGCUGGCUCCAUUCUCCAACACUUACUCGCCGGUAUUCUCACCAACACUUACUCUUCCCUUCAUAAAUCAUAAUCCAACGUUGUAUAAUCAUCACAAUGCCUCGAGGGUCCUUGAAAAGUGAGAAUCAAGAUGUCUCUAAUCUUGAAGAGCCCCUUUUGGAUCAUGUUGAUUCUUGUUCAAAUAGCAAGGUUAAGGCUAGAGGGUGUGAUACAGUAACUCCUUACGAAAAUGCUGGUCUUUUACGUACUCUUUUUUUUUCUUGGCUAACUCCAUUACUUGCUCUUGGUGUUGAGAAAAACACCUUAGACCUUGACGAUAUCCCUCAACUAGGCAUUUCUUAUAGCGUAUUUGGAGCAGUUCCCGUGUUCCAAAGUAGGCUUCUUCAUAAUGUUGGUGGUACUCGUAAGAAUAGAGUUGUAACUACUGAGUUCAGGCUUACAAAGGCAUUCUUCUUGUCGGUUUGGAAGGAAAUUAUUUGGACAGCUUUAUUGGCUAUAUUAUACACAUUAGCUCAAUAUAUUGCUCCAUAUCUCAUUGAUGAUUUUGUUCAAUGUCUUAGUGGGAGGGAGAUAUUUCAUAAUCAAGGCUACAUUCUUGCUUUAACGUUUUGUACCUCAACUUUUCUUGUGGAUUUCAUACGAAGACACUGGAUCUUUAAGAUGCAACAAAUUGGACUUAGAAUUCGUGGGGUGAUAACUGUAAUGCUCUAUGAAAAGUGUUUGGCCCUUCCCUCCGCAUCAUCACAAUUGCAAGGCGAUCAGGGUGGUAGUAGGAGUGGAGGAGAACUUAUUAAUGCCGUGGCUGUUGAUGUCGAGAAAAUUCAAGGUUUCAUUGUCUACUUGCAUGAUACAUGGUUGAUCUUUUUCCAAAUUUCUAUAGCACUGCUUAUUUUAUACAGUAAGUUGGGAGUUCUUGCCUCUGUUGGUGCAUUCGUUGUAACAUUUAUUUUUAUGGUAGCAAAUUCUUUAUUUAUCACAUGGCAGAAAAAGUUUCAAAAGAAAUUAAUGGAAUCUAAGGAUAACAGAAUGAAGGUUACUAUUGAGACGUUAAGGAAUAUGAGAGUUCUUAAGUUUCAAGGAUGGGGGAUGAGUUUUUUGUCUAAGAUUCUUCAAAUAAGAAAGGUUGAGAUGCAAUGGUUGAAGAAGUAUCUAUACAGUUCAGUAGUGAUAAGUUUUUUUUAUGGAAUAGGUCCAACGUCUGUGGCUUUGGUUACUUUUAGUUCUUGUAUAUAUAUUGGAAUCCCACUCGAAAUGGGGCAGAUUUUGUCCGCACUUGCAACCUUUCGGGUUCUUCAAGAGCCUAUCUUCCUCCUCCCCGAUACAAUAUCCUUACUCGUUCAAGCCAAGGUUUCCCUUGGAAGAAUUGCCUCUUUUCUUUCUCUUGAUGUGAUCCAAUAUGAUGGUUUAGCGAAGCUUCCAUUGGGUAGUUCUGAUAUAUCAAUUGAGAUUGUUGAUGGGAACUUUACAUGGGAUAAUAAUUCACCACAUGCCAAUCCAACAUUAAAAGAUAUAAACCUUAAAGUAUAUCAUGGUAUGAAGGUUGGCAUAUGUGGUAUUGUUGGUUCAGGCAAGUCGAGCUUACUUUCUUGCAUUUUGGGUGAAAUGCCUAAGAUAACAGGAGCAAUUAAGUUGUGUGGGACGAAGGCUUAUGUUGCACAGUCACCUUGGAUACAAAGUGGUACAGUUCAAGAGAACAUAUUGUUUGGGAAGGAGAUGGACCCUCAAAGAUAUGAUCAAGUACUUGAAGCUUGUUGUCUUAAGAAGGACUUGGAGAUCCUCUCAUUUGGUGAUCAAACUGUUAUUGGUGAAAGAGGUAUCAAUCUAAGUGGAGGACAGAAGCAAAGAAUACAAAUUGCUCGUGCUCUCUACCAUGAUGUAGAUAUCUAUCUAUUUGAUGAUCCUUUUAGUGCUGUUGAUGCUCAUACUGGUUCUCAUUUAUUUAAGGAAGUUUUGCUUGGUCUUCUGAGGGAGAAAACUGUUAUAUAUGUUACUCAUCAAGUUGAGUUCUUAAACGCUGCCGAUCUAAUUGUGGUCAUGAAAAAUGGAAGGAUUGCACAAGUUGGGAAGUACGAUGACAUCCUUGUUCAAGGGUCCGAUUUUAUACAACUUGUAGGUGCACAAAGUGCUGCUCUGUCGUCUACACUUGAUUCCAACAAGGCAUUUCAUAAUUCUGCAGACGACACAGCAAGUAUCAUCAAUGUGGAUGGUGAAGCAGAUAAUGAACCUGCUGGAUUGCCACCUGCAUCACAACUCAUAUCAGAAGAAGAAAGAGAGAGGGGAAGAGUCGGAUUUCUAGUCUAUUGGACAUACAUUACAACUGCAUAUGGAGGGGUUCUAGUGAUUCUUGUAGUUCUAGCCUCAAUUAUCUUACAAAUUCUUCAAAUAGGGAGCAAUUAUUGGUUAGCAUGGGCAUCUCCAUCGUCAAAGGAUGUUAGACCUGUUGUUAGUGGAUCCACACUAAUGAUUGUCUAUGCAUCCUUGGCCAUUGGCAUAUGUUUCUGCACCUUUGUUGUAGACAUGCUUGUUCUUGCCACAGGAUACAAAACUGCUACCCUACUUUUCAAUAGAAUGCUUGCGACCAUUUUCCGUGCUCCUAUGUCCUUUUUUGAUGCUACACCUACUGGAAGAAUUCUCAACAGAUGUUCAACAGAUCAAAGUUCUGUGGAGACUCGAAUUCCGUCCCUACUUCAUGGCCUUAUUUUUGACAUCGUCCAACUUCUGGGAAUUAUUGCUGUGAUGUCUACAGUAGCAUGGGAGGUUUUGGUCAUAUUCGUCCCCUUGCUUUUCGCUUCCAUCUUGUAUCAGCAAUACUAUAUGCCUGCAUCAAGAGAACUAUCGAGAUUGAGUCGAGUUUGCGAAGCUCCUGUUAUUCAAUAUUUUACUGAAACAAUUUCUGGAAUAUCAACUAUUAGGAGCUUUGAUCAAGAGUCAAGAUUCCAAUCAACUUAUAUGAAAAUAGUAGAUGCAUAUUCUCGCCCUGAGUUCCAACUUGCUGCCGCAAUGAAAUGGCUAAUGUUGCGGCUGGAUAUAUUCUCUUGCAUUACAUUUGCCUUCCUUUUGGUUCUCAUGAUGUACUUUGCAGAAAGCUUAGAUCCUGCAAUUGCAGGGUUAGCUGUGAUGUAUGGGCUCACCCUUAACCAGAGCCUAAUUGCGCUAAUAUGGAGUUUCUCCCAUUGUGAAAACAAAAUGAUAACGGUGGAGAGAAUUCUUCAAUACAUGACCAUUCCAAGUGAGGCUCCUCUUAUCAUAGAAGAAAACAGGCCGGAUUGUUCUUGGCCAUCACAUGGGGAAGUCGGUAUUCAUCAUUUGCAGGUCCAGUAUGCUCCACAUUUGCCACUUGUUCUACACGGUGUGACAUGCACGUUUCCGGGAGGGAUGAAAACAGGUAUUGUUGGAAGAACAGGAUGUGGUAAAUCAACUUUGAUACAGGCACUUUUCCGGAUAGUUGAACCUACCGCUGGUUGUAUUGUGAUUGAUGGCAUUGAUAUUUCAACAAUUGGACUCCAAGAUUUGAGAUCAAGACUAAGCAUUAUACCUCAAGAUCCAACCAUGUUUCAAGGAACUAUUCGAAGCAAUUUAGACCCACUUGAGCAGUACACAGAUGAACAAAUAUGGGAUACUUUAGACAUGUGUCAACUCGGAGAUGAGGUGAGGAAGAUGGAUCAGAAGUUGGAUUCUAGAGUUCAUGAGAAUGGGGAGAACUGGAGCAUGGGUCAGAGACAACUAGUUUGCCUUGGACGAGUACUACUCAAGAAAAGCAAGGUGUUAGUCCUUGAUGAAGCAACUGCCUCAGUUGACACAACCACCGAUAAUCUUAUCCAGCAAACUCUUAAGCACCAUUUUUCUGAUUGUACCCUCAUUAUCAUUGCACAUCGCAUUACUUCAGUUCUUGACAGCGAUAUGGUCUUGCUUCUUAGUCAAGGAUCCGUCGAAGAGUAUGAUUCUCCUAUGAGGUUGUUACAUAACAAGUCAUCCUCAUUCUCAAAACUUGUAGCAGAGUAUACAUCAAGGUCCCCUAAUUCAAAUGCCAACCUUUUAGACUACUCUGACUCAUGAUCACUACAUUUCUUAGGCACAAUGCGUGUCAACUGUCAUGUACAUGUACUUCUAAAAUUGAACUUGCGAAAUUUAAUUUGAGGUAUCUCUAUUAUAUAAGGGAAGGGGUGAGAGAAUGAUGUCCACAUAAAAUACCUAUAAUACCCUUUUAGUAAGGUUAUAAUUGUAAAAGGAAAACAAUUACUCUAUCAUCUCUAUAAUGAAAUUUUGCACACAUCGUGUGCAUAUAGCGCUAGUACCGUUUAUAUGCCAAAGCUUUCCACUUAAUUUUAACAU